AUGUCGCGGUCUGUACGUGCAGAGACUCGUAGUCGUGCCAAGGAUGAUAUUAAGCGUGUAAUGCAAGUCGUUGACAAAGUUCGCCAUUGGUAAAUCUCUUAACAUUUUAUAGAUGCACGAGGAAAUAUUGAAAAAUUUUACAAAAAAAAAAAAAAAAAAAAUUAAAAAAAAUUUCUUCCUUGCGAGAUUUAAUAGAGAUUUUGCAUUACACAUGUCAGCUGUAAACAGACUUUUGUAGUUCUGAAAUGUUUCAUGCGUGUUGAUUGAGUAAUAGUGUUGUAUUUCUGCUUUUUUAAUAACAGUAAAGAAGGUAGCUUCUCUGUCUGUUAUUCGAAUAUUGAUUUAAGGAACCAUCAGUGCUUUUCAUGCUGACACUUUUAUAGGGAAAAAAAAUGGGUUACGAUAGGAGAAACUACUAUGAAGAUUUAUAAAUGGGUACCUAUAUCAACACUUGAUCAGGUAAACAGAAGUACAACAUCUAUGUAUAAAUAAGAAAUAAGAAUUUAUAUUUUAUUGCAUAGAAAAAGAAGGGAAAGACAGUUGCAGACAAGGAAAAUGGUUUGCCAAGAAAAAGUGGAUUAGAUUCAUCAAACUCUAAUUUUGGUCUUACGGAGGACUCAAAUACAUGUGAGUCAAAUUUUAAUAAUUCACACAUUUAUUAUUUUUUGAAUGGUAAAAUUUACAAAAGUUCUGUGAUAUCUAUUAGGUUUUUCAACAGUUAGUGAUUCUCAAGGAUUAACUGACUUUUCUGCACAUCUGGGAUUUUCAGAAGAUUCUAAUUCACAAAAUAGCGAACCAACACCUAAAAGGUUAAAGACUGAUUAAAAUUAGAGUAUUUUGUGACUGUUACUUGGGAUAUAAGACAUUUAAGAAAUCAUUUCUAUCUUAUAUGAAUCCACACAUUAUAAAAUUAUCUUAAAUUAUGAAUCGUAAGUUUACAAGUUUGUUUCAUUUUUUAUUUUACUCUAUAUUUAUUGGAAGUUUUUAUGCAUCAAAAAAAAAAAAGGAAUUGUCAUAUCAAUUAAUCUAAGUUAAAUAUAAUUUAUUUUUUUAUAUAGUGAAUUUUUUACAAAAUAAUAUGGUUUUUAUAAAAUACACAGUAAAUUAGACGGAAAUAUUAAUGAUGUUUCAUUCAAACAUUUGUAUUACGUGUUCAGUUGUCUUAAGGUAUGAUUUAAAGAAAACUAAGAAAUAUUAAAUUAUUUGUAUCAUCGCAGUAUUAUUUAAUUCAUAAGAUGCAUAGCAUUUCAUUUAUUUUCAUGUAACAUUUUAAUUAACCAAUUAACAAAACUCGACAUAGUCUUAUUAAUGUAAAAUAGAUAAUGGAACAUUUGUUUUUGCUGUAAAAUAAUAUCUCCAAAAUACAUGUAUAAUGCUACAUUUAUAUUCAAGGUAUUUAUGUGUCUAAGCAUAAUCAUAUAUUCAAUAUAAUAAUAUUGAUUAUUGUACAUAUUUCAAAUACUUUUUUUUGCAAUUUUAUAGUUUAGAACUUGCAUUUCCUGAAGUUAUGUUAUAGCACCAUGAAAUGUACAAAAUAUGCUUUGACACUUACAAAUAAAACAAUACAACUCUAAAUGUUUGAUUUUAUAAUUACAUAAGCUUUCAAAAAAAUAUAAAAAUGUUUUAAUGGAAUUAUCACUUAAUCAUUUUCAUUUGUUCAGAAAUAAUUGUACUUAAAAUGUAUAAUGUAUAAUGUUUAAGAAUCUACAUUCAUUAAAAGGAAUCAAAACAAAAAAAAAAAUAUUUCAUUAUAUAGCUAAUUAUUAUCAUUUUUCUAUGAUAACUGUAUAUAGAAAUUCUUGCCUAUUAUUUUAAUAUCUGUAUGUUAUGGAUUAUGUACAGAAAAAUAUCUGAAUAUAAAACAAAAUUCAAUGUCUUUUUUAAUCUUUUUAACCUUUGAUCUACAUUAUAACAAAUGAAACCAAAUCAGCUUUUAAUAUUUAUGAAAUCUUAAAAUCUUUAUAUUAAAUUAAAUUAUAAGUUGAAUAUACUUUUAGUUAACAUUAUACGUUAAGUAUAAUAUUCAAGAUUUUAUUAGAUAAUGUAUAAGUUGUUUAUAACUUGUUCUAUUCAAUUGUUUUAAGAUUUUAGAUUUGUGAUAUUUUGUAA